AUUAAUUUAUUCUGUCUCGAAUUAGUCCCAUCAUUACAUAAAUACACAACUAAAUAUGAUUUAAACAUUAUUACAUCUAUUGGAAUUCAUUUUUGAUUUUCAGGCAAUUCCGUGAUUCAUCUUUCGUACACAUAAACAAGCAACCAAAAUGGCUCAAGGAUUCCAAGCAGGUACUGCCUCAGUACCCGCAACACAGGUCGAACUAUCCAUAUCAUGCAGAAAAUUAUUAGAUAUGGAUACAUUUUCAAAAUCAGAUCCAAUGGGUGUUGUCUAUAUACAAGAAUUUGGAAAACGUGAAUGGAAAGAAUUUGGGAGGACAGAAAUAAUAUGGAACAAUUUAAAUCCAGAUUUUGUGAAAAAGUUCCAAAUGGAGUAUUUCUUUGAAGAGUCACAGAAAAUUAAGUUUGAAAUAUAUGAUGUUGAUUCAAAAAGCAGAGAUCUGAGUAAACAUGACUUCUUGGGUAAAAUGGAGUGCACUUUGGGUGAGGUAGUGACACAUGCUAGACUUCAAAAACGUUUACAAGGCCCUAAGAAAGACAGUGGCAGUAUAAUUUUAGUAACGGCAGAGGAACUGAGCACCUGUAAGGAAGAAGUUACAAUGCAAUUUUGUGGGAAGAAAUUAGACAAAAAAGAUUUAUUUGGAAAAUCAGACCCAUUCCUAGUGUUCUACAAAUGUAAUGAGGAUGGAAAUUUUACGCUGACACAUAAAACUGAAGUGAUAAAGAAUACUCUAAAUCCAACAUGGCGGCCAUUCACCGUGCUGGUGCGGACUCUUUGUAACGGAGACUUCCAUAGAUCACUCAAAGUAGAAUGCUAUGACUGGAACAGAAGUGGAGAUCAUGACCUCAUUGGAGGAUUUGUCACCAACCUGCACGAGCUCACCAGAGGACCUGGGUCGGCUAACAUCUUUGAGUUAAUUCAUCCUAAAAAGAAAGAAAAGAAAAAGUACAAAAAUUCAGGAAAUAUUGAACUGAUGAGUUGCAAGGUUCAACAAAUACAUUCUUUCCUAGACUUCAUCAAAGGAGGCACACAAGUCCACUGCACAGUUGCAAUAGAUUUCACAGCUUCAAAUGGUAACCCUCAACAGCCUACUAGUUUACAUUACAUUAACCCUUACCAGCCCAACCAGUAUGCAAUGGCACUCAAAGCUGUCAUGGAGAUUAUUCAAGAUUAUGACAGCGACAAAAUGUUCCCUGCAUUGGGCUUUGGUGCAAGACUACCACCUGAUGGCAGAGUGUCACACGAGUUCUUCCUGAAUCAACAUGCCAGCAACCCAUAUUGCCAAGGUGUGGAGGGAGUGAUGGAGGCCUACCAUCUAUCAUUGAGUAGAGUGCAGCUAUAUGGACCUACCAACUUUGCACCAAUCAUCAACCAUGUAACAAAGUUUGCCCAGGCAAGACAAGAUGGUGGAGACUACUUUAUACUGCUGAUACUCACUGAUGGUAUUAUAACAGAUAUGCCUCAAACAUGCGAAGCUAUUGUUAAUGCAUCUUCGCUUCCUGUAUCAAUCAUUAUAGUAGGGGUCGGCAAUGCUGAGUUUGAUGCUAUGGAUACAUUGGAUGGGGAUGAUGUGCGGCUAUCGUCUAAAGGACGUCUUGCAGAGAGAGACAUUGUGCAGUUUGUGCCCUUCAGAGACUUUAUCGGGGGUUUAUCGGGACAUGACCUUGCCUUAAGUCAGGCUAGACUUGCUAAGGAGGUCUUAGCUGAGAUUCCAGAACAAUUUACAUCUUAUAUGAAAUCCAAGGGGAUAAAACCAAGACCACCAUUACAACGUCAGGACACACUCUCUAUGCCUCCGUUAUAAUUGUUGAUUUUGAAUCAUUGGGGAUCAGUGACUCCCUAAAUCCCAUCCCACUGAUUAAGGUGCAGGAAUGGCAAGGUUUACACUGAAAAAGGCAGUGAGGUCUAUUGGUACUUUUUACCUGGCUUCAACCAUAUGAAAAUGAUCACAGGCAUUUACAGCUGUGUUGAUAUAAUGAGAAUCUGAUCCCUUCAUUCCACCUUUGAAUUAAAAAGUGUUGAUUCUUGGCACUUAACCACCAGAGCAGCUGAUAAAGGACCAGACAUAGAGAUGUUUUCUCCAUUGACAGUGCUACAAAUGAAUGCCUUUGGGCUAGCAAAGACUAUUUUGGGCUAGCAAAGACUAUUAUCCAAACAGUGGCAGUUUAGUGAGUUGUAAGUAAUGUGUAGACAUUAAUUAUACUGUACUUAAAUAAUUUAGUACUUUUACAGUUUUUUACCUUGUAUAUUGAUAUUAUAAAGGCUUUGUUGUACAUGUACAUUAAUUUUACAUUUGGGCAAGUUGUGCAGCAUGAAACAUCAUAUAUUGGGACAACUAAACAGGAAAAAAUACUCUUGAGUUUCAGGUUGAAGACUGUGAUGAAUUAUAAUUAUUUGUUAUAAAUAUGAGGUUAAUCUCAACUGUUAAAAAUUGUUAGCAUCGAAGUACCAGAAGUUCUCACUAAUAGGCCCAUGGGGGUUUAUUUGACAUAGGAGCCCAUCUAUGAGCUUCUUGUCAAAUAUGCACACAAAAGAGACAUUGGCAUUUGCUUAUUUAUAGAUACUUAUCUGGCUUUGAAAAUUCUUUUCGUAAGUGUCUAUUGCAUAAGCAAGAAACUUGGGUGUACAAUUAGAUGUACAUGAAUAAACUUGAAUACGAUACCUCAGUAUGUUAAAAGUGCCUGAAAGAACAUACUUCAUAUAAAAAAUCAAAAAUAGGUGUUAUUCCUUCUUCAGUUUCAUUCUGGAGAUGUUUUAUUUCAUUCUCUUGUGUGGAAUGAGUUGUGUAUGAGAAUGAAGAC